CAAGAUUGUCUACAAUAAGUCUUUGACUUCGCUACAAUUCGUUGCAGUUGUUCUUCACUUUGCUGAGAAGUACAUUUUGAAGACAUGGAAUUUUCUAAAGAGGAGCUGAGAAGUAAGAUUAAAAUAACUUCUUCUGGAGAAAAGAAAUUAACUCUGUUUGGGUGCAGUUUGCAUGAAUUGCCUGCAGCUUUGUUUGAGUUGACUGAGUUGGAGGUACUUAACCUGUCAUGGAAUAAACUCACAACAACACCUGAAUUUUUUGGAAAAUUAAGUACUCUUACUAACCUUGAUUUGAGUAGAAACCAGCUGUCCAUAUUCCCUACAUGUUUGACACAGCUGAAGAAACUCAAAGUGCUGCACAUCUCACAUAACAAACUAACCACCAUCCCUCAUGCUAUUGGGGAGAUGGUGGGACUGGAGAGACUGGAUCUGAGUUCCAACCAGCUGUCCGUGUUGAGUCCAGCUAUAACACAGCUGAAUAAACUCAAAGGGCUGAACAUCGCACAUAACAAACUAACCACCAUUCCUGAUGGGAUUGGUUUGAUGGUGAAACUGGAGGAACUGGAUCUGAGUUCCAACCAGUUGACUGUGUUGAGUCCAGCUUUAAAACAGCUGAAGAAACUCAAAUGGAUGAACAUCUCACACAACAAACUAACCACCAUCCCCGAUACUAUUGGUGAGAUGGUGGGACUGGUGGGACUGGAGCUGAGUUUCAACCAGUUGACUGUGUUGAGUCCAGCUAUAAAACAGCUGAAGAAACUCAAAUAUUUGUUUAUGGAAGGGAAUCCUUUUACAGUUGAAGGAAUGAGAAGUGUUAUGGAGCUAAAGGAUAAGAUUGACGAAGAACUUUCAGAUGUCCCAAGCCUUGUGGAUAGACAAAGAGUGCAAGGACCAACAGCACAGUUGGCUUAUGAAGAGGCUUUGAAAGAUGGAUGUGUAAAAGUUUACCGUGGUCGUAUUAUGCUGGUUGGUCAGGAUCGGGCUGGUAAAACCAGUUUGAAGAAGAGUCUCCUAGGCCUUCCAUUUGACCCUAAAGAACAGAGUACUGAGGGGAUUGACAUGGAUCCUUCAAAGUGUGAAAUUGAUGUUGACCAAGCUGUCAAGAACUGGCAAUUGACUAGAGAGAGUAAACCAGGACUGUUGGAAUGUUCAAAAGAUGUAGCAAAGAUUGUGGCUGGCAGAAUGUGUGGAGCAGAUAUUUCUCAACACAAAUUUUUAAAGGAAGACACAACUGGUGGAGGAAAACUGGAAUUAAAAAAUAAAUUUGGAGAUGUUUUCAAGUCAAAGCAGGUAGAGAAGAAAGAAGGUUUCACCAUUCUGCAAAAGAAUAGCAGUAAACAUUUUACUGAAUGCAAAGUUGAAAACAUACAAUCUGAGCCUGAUGUGAUGAUUGAUACUGCUCAACCUCCUGAUACUCUGAGGCAUGUUCAUCAGUGGUUGGAGUAUGUGCAGGGUAAACCUUUUGAAAGUGCUUUAUUCACAGAGGAAUCCUAUGUUACAAUGGAUAUUUGGGACUUUGCAGGGCAGCACCUGUACUAUGCCAGCCAUCCUAUCUUCCUAUCACAGCGAGCACUAUACAUAUUGGUGCACAAUCUCAGCAAACCUUUGGAUGCUCCAGCUGAGCCCUGUAUGAGACAAGGAAGUAAUGAUGUGAAAUUGGAAAACCCUAACAAUGAAACAAACAUAGAGAAUUUGUUGUCAUGGCUGGCUACAGUACACAGUGUUGCUCUGGUAACUGAGACAGGUGAUGAUGCAAAUCACAAGUUGCCCUACCUGCGCCCCCCAGUGUUCAUUGUUGGCACACAUGCUGACAAACCAGUUGAAGACAUGGCAGUGAUAAAGAAACAAAUUCAGGAGAGAGUUUCUGGUAUGGAAUAUGAGAGGCAUGUCAUAAGACCCUUAUUCUGCAUUGACAACAAAAGAUCACACCCACAAAAAAAUUGGUUUAAGACAACUUUUCAGUUUUGGAGUGGAGAACCUAAUACAGAGCAAGAAGGUAAAGUAGAUGGAGUCAAUAAACUGCAGAACAAAAUCCUGGAGGUGUUGAUGCAGGAGCCUUAUAUGGGGGAGAAAAUACCCGUCAGAUGGUUUUUAUUCGAAAAGGUGAUUGAAGCUUUGGUGGCCAAACAGAUUUAUUACAGAAACCUACAACAACUCAAGCAUUAUGCUAGGGAGAAGUGUUUUAUGAGAAAAUCAGAUGAGUUUGACUCCAUGAUCAGUUUUUACCAUGGCCUUGGUAUGAUAAUCAAGCACCGCAGUACAGUUGUACUGAAGGCUCAGUGGUUGAUUGAUCUGUUCAAGCAGCUGAUAACCAUUCCACCCUUUGACAAACAGAAUCCCCGAUAUGUUAAGUACUGGCGCGAACUCGAAGGAAGUGGCAUCCUCAGCAUGGAACAUGUUGAUCAUGUUUUCUCCAGCUUUAUUGGACAAGGAAUCAUCAAAGAAGACAUCUUAGACAUGAUGGAGCGAUUUGGUUUGAUCGCCAAGUUCUCAGUUUCCCCAGCUAAUGUGAAGUACUUUGUACCAGCUCAGCUGAAGUCAUCGCCUGAAGAACUCUGUAAGAUGAAACCAUCGUCAGUAGAUCCCUGUCCACUGUAUCUCCUCUUUGUCCAUGGCUUUGUCCCCCAUGGUCUUUUCUUACAGCUUGUCUGACGAUCCAUUCGUUGGUGUUCAGAGACCUGGCCCACGCAUCAACCUACUCUGUACCAAAAUGGAGCAUGGUUCAUCAUUGGCAAAGAUAUUCAUGAUUUUGUUCUUAUAUGCAAAACAGGAUUUGUGAAGGUAAUCUUGAGACAAAGAACACAAAGUCAUCAGGUUGUAGGACAGAACUCCACCGAACUAGCAACUUUUGUUCGUGAAUUUCUUGAAGACACCUUACAGAAUUUGUCACAAGAAAUGCCGUACCUGAGGGGACUGCAGUAUAGGCUGUGUGUUGCAUGUCCUUACUGCCAUCAUGGGGCAAAAGAACCAAGUCGUGCGUGUUCAGACAACGUGAAAAGCACUUGCACACACGAGGACUGCUUCCACCUCAUUUAUGCAAAUGAAGGCCGAGCGGAAGUAUGUAAAAGAAAACUUGGGGACAAAGUACUUCCUCACUGUGGAUUGGAGAAAUGGUUUUUGAAAAGAAGGCAGGGUUUAUCCUCUUCAAAUGUAGCUGCCAGAUCUCAUGGUGAAAUUAAUUCAAUGAAGUUUGACACGGCACUGAAGGUGACUCUCUUGGGCAGCGAGUGGAGUUCAUCAAUGGGAGGCUUGUCCACCAUAAACAGACAGCUUGCCAUUCUGUUGGCCAAACGUUCUCAAGUAGACGUCACCCUCCUUGUCCCGCAGUUUGCCUGUUCUGAAGAAGAGAGGAGAAUAGCAUCGAUUCACAAUGUAUCCUUGAGAGAGGCGCAAAGACGUCCGGGCUAUGCCGACCCCCUUGACUGGCUGAGUGCCCCGCCAAGAGAUCUGGCCAUUGACAUGGUACUGGGUCAUGGAGCCAAGCUUGGUAAGCAAGCUCAAUUUAUUAGAGAAUCGCACCAGUGCACGUGGAUACAGGUAGUUCAUACUGCACCUGAAGAACUUGGAAUGCACAAAAAUUAUCCUGAGGCCAUUUCUAAAGGUGAAGAGAAGAACAUAACUGAAGUGGAGUUGUGUAAGUUAGCAGAUGCUGUGGUAGCAGUUGGACCAAAGUUGACAAAGGUUUACUCUUCCUACCUACGCUCAUGUGAGAAGCACCAAGAUAUAAUUCAACUGACGCCGAGCACGUUCAGUGAGUUUUCUGACGUGAAACAAGCUGCAGUUGACAUGGACAAGUUUAAGGUUCUCACGUUUGGCCGUGGUGAUCCAGAGGACUUCAGCUUAAAGGGCUACGAUAUUUCUGCCAGAGCAAUAGUUGAACUGAGAGACAGAUCAUACUGUUUGAUUUUCGUCGGUGCAGCUGACGGUAAACAGGAUAAGGUUGCAGCGAAUUUGCUGAAGAGUGGAAUUGAUAAAAGCCAGCUGACUGUGAGGAAGUUCAUUCAGAGUAAAGAGAAAUUGAAAGAUUUAUUUUGUGAAGUUGAUCUCUGCAUGAUGCCUUCCAGAACGGAGGGUUUCGGCCUCACAGCAUUAGAAGCUUUGUCUGCCGGUCUUCCCAUUCUUGUCAGUGGCAACUCAGGAUUUGGUGAAGUAUUGUGUACUGUACCAUUAGGCAAAUCAGUUGUAGUGGAGUCUGAGGACCCUAAGGAGUGGGCAAAGGCAAUUGCUGGUGUCCGAGAGAAGGAAAGAUCAGACCGACUUCAGAAGAUUCAGCAACUGAGGAGUUCCUAUGAGGAGAAGUUCAGCUGGGAGAAACAGGGUGACAUUCUUGUGAAGAAGAUGUGGGACGUAGUUCAUGCUUCUAAAAGACGAGACACGAGUUUCAGAACUCAGGAGGCCGAAGAUGUUGAUGCGUCAACUGAACAACCACCAGUUCAUUCAUUACUGACUCCAAGUUCUCCCGACCGAAUCAUCCAGAAUCUUCAGCAGAUGCAACUUGAUGCAAGCAAAGUCAAGAGCACAACAGAUCUAUCACUAAGGCUGAGGAGGAUUGCAUCAGACAAGGGCUUCAGAAUAUCUGACAAUCAAGGAUUAGGAAAUUGCAUGUUUUAUGCCUUGUCAGAACAACUGGAAAUUGUUAAAGGAAUCAAAAUCCCACAUUGGAGAUUAAGACAAACCUUGGUCCAGUACCUCAGAUGUAACCCAAAACUACCGAAUGGAACAGAUCUGUUUCACUUUGUCCAUGGACAUCAGACAUGGACUGAAUACCUAAAACACAUGGAACAAGAUGGCGCUUGGGGUGAUCAUGUGACUCUGUGUGCCGCAGCAAACUUCUAUGAAACGUGCAUUCGUGUGGUCAGCAGAUUACCCCAUAGCAAUGAUGUGGUCAUUACGCCACAUUGUCCAGUUAACGAUGGCAAAGCACUUGUACUAGGUCAUAUUCACGAGGUGCACUAUGUCAGCCUUCAACCCACUUGAGGUUAAAAUGGCAGCCCCUUACAGUUACUUUGAUCGGUCAGUGAAGAGCCCGGCCUUGCUGAAUGACUUUAUAGGCAUACAGACUAUUGAUGCAAAUUGGCCAACUAGAGCUUUCUCCGGCCUGAUUUUUUAGGUGUGAACUUAAGAAGCUUAGCUUUAAUAACAUAGGUUCUAUAAUAAUAGUUUUCCAAUGUAUCGCAUAAAAAGAAAGACAAACCAAACGACGGAAGGCUGUCAAUAAAGAGACAUCACACAUCAAAAAAAGUUGUCGUUUCUAGACAAGAGACCAAAAAAAAUUGGGACCAAUUGGGACCUAUUGGGACCAAAAAAAACACUAUCACCAGUCUGGAACUUUAUUGAAGAGGCUCGAAUCAUGAACUCGAUUCCUCUUCAUUUUAAUCGACUAACAAAGUAUUUUAUUGCUACGUACUUUAUAUGUAUAUAUAACUGAAUAAAAAGUCUGUACAAUUGCA